AUAACCCAUUCAAGUGUGUGUUUUCAGAUUAGGCCUUGUCCAUGGCCAGCACUGGUCAUUUCCUCUCAAACUUCACACUUCCCCCACUUUCAACUCAAUCAAAGAAUCUCAAUGUUUCACAGACACAUCUUGUCUACAAAUCUCAAAGUUGCAGAAACAAAAUUAGUAUGAGUAAUCGAUCAUCGAUAGCCUCAAGCACAGCCAAUACAGUAUCUUUUGACGUGGAUUACUAUGAGAAGGAAUUCAGUGGCCAUGGAGUCAGCUUUGAGAGCAUUAACAACAGUUGUGUCAUCAAGAUGGAAUUGGAGAAUGGAAGCAAGGCCAGUUUGAUGCUACCAAGUGGUCUCAUCACAUCCUACAAACCAUUAAUGUGGCAUGGUGGCACUGUUGAAGUGCUGCACACAAAGGUGUCUCAGAAGGAUGCUGGUGAAAUUGUUAUCCAAGGAGGAGUGUCUAUGAACUUUAAUUGUGCCGGUGAUGCAGGAUUUCGGUGGUCUCCAAGCAUUUGGUCUCUUCACGAUGUCAGAGGCAGCUCUGAUAAGUACAUUCAGGUGGAGCUGAAAUCUAGUGAUUCAAAAGAAAUGGUAGAUUUCAUAUACCUUGUGACUCUCGAAGAAGCUCUUCUUGGCUCAGAGCUCACAAUCACAAACUCAAGUUCAUCAUCUAUCCAAAUGAUAGGUUCUCUCAUGAGCCAUCUCACAGUGAGCUCACCAGAAGCAACUUUUGCUGUUGGAUUACAAGGGUCAAGUUAUUUCUGCAAACAACCAUUAAUCUCAAAUUUCAGCAUCAUUCCUCCACCACAAAAUGAGGAAAAUGUUUUCCCAGAUACUGAGAAUGAAGAAGAUGAUGACUGUGCAUCAAUGGCAGGGGACUUCAGCAGGAUUUACACAACUGCUCCAAGGCAAUUCUCAGUAAUGGACAGGGGAAGGAGGAACUCAGUUAUCAUGCAGAGGACUGGGUUUGAUGAACUAUAUGUUUACAGUCCAGGAUCAGAACAUGAGAUGUAUGGGAAGUAUUCUUAUGUGUGCAUUGGCCCCUCUGCAACUUUGAAGCCUGUAAAUGUGAGGCCUGGGGCUGCGUGGGGAGGAGCUCAAUACUUGUGCAAUCCUAAUCUUUGAAUAUAUAUAUAUAUAUAUAUAUAUACAUACAUACGUGUGUGUAUUUUCCUUCUUUUAUAAAAGAAAAACAAAUACUAAUAACCUUUGAGUCUAUUAGCACCGAGUUCCUUA